AUGGGCAGUGCCGACUCUCGCUCAAAAGAUCGGAAUAAUUUCGCGACUAGCGGUUCGCGAUGCUCUGAGUGGCCCGCUGCGCUUGACGCACUCAAGAAGGAGAUCAGCCAACUUCGACUGAGCACCUCGCCUCGCCACCCAACGCCUUCCCAGAUCAACGGAAGGUCAAAGAGCCGUACUUGCUUGCUUGAUCUUCCACACGAAUUGAUUCUGGAAGUGAUCGAGCUUUUGCUGGGAGACGAUCGAUAUGGGGGAUACGACGGCGAAGAGACCACGACUGAUUACCCGACAUUUCACCGUUUUGAUGUCUGGAAGGACGUCGCCAACUUGGCCGCUACCUGCAAGCAUCUUUACGCACAAACCAUGCCCAAGCUCUACCGAGAAGACGUCAAGGAAAGCUAUUGCUCAGCGUUACUGCUCUCUGCUAAGAAUGGCAGUACUUCCGCAGUGUUGCGGUCCUUGGGCCAAGGAGCCGAUGUCCAAAUCAGAGAUCACACGGAACCGGAGUUCACCUAUGGUGACUAUGGCCCCGACCAGUCGGCCAGCCGUCGGUGGAUCUGCACAGACAUGACUUCACUGCACUGGGCUGCAUAUCAUCACCAUGUCGACAUUUUGGGCCUAUUGCUUCACGCAGGCGCCAACAUACAUUCCCGAGCGAAGCCCUUCGAAUGGAUCACCGGACGCAGAUGCCAGAUUUACUUUCGAGUAAUGUCAAUCUUCCAGAUGCACUUGCUGGAAGACCGCUCUUUUCGCACAGAAGUACUCGAUUCUUCCAUCAGAAGUGGAGCGAAUGCGCUGUACUUCGCUCUCAUGGAGGAGUACCACGAAACCCUGGACAGUGACAAAGAGGAUUACGACGAGGCUAGGCUUGCGCGGCGACAGGGAUCCCGCAUCGACACGGUGAAGUGCCUGGCAGAGGCCGGCGUAUCUCUCGUUACCCAUGCCGGCCUUGGUCUACAUGCAUUGCACCAAGCGUGUGGGAAUUGGGACUACGAUGCGGCGUCACUCCUCCUUCAACUUGAAGGACAGCAAGACAACGCAAUGGUUCGAGACAGACUUGGAAACACGCCGCUUCAUUACCUCGCCAUGUGCGCUCCCGAACACGAUAUGCACCCGGAGCCGGUCAUCCAGCUGCUCCUCCGUCACGGCGCCGACAUCAACGCGGUGAACUCGGCUGGUCUCACGCCUCUGCAACUGUGUUUCCGGAUUCCGCCGUUGAACUUGAGCUUUGAGAAAAUAAGGCGGGUGCAUUUCGCCCCGGCCAUUGCCCUCAGCCACGACAAGAGCCACGACAAGAGCCACGACGAGACCCACGACGAGACCCACGACGAGAGCCAUGACGAGAGCCACGACAUGAGCCACGACCAGACCCAGGCUCAAGAGGUCAUGGAUAUCGCCAAGAGUUCCGCGGUCCCGAGUCGCCAAGAUAUGCUCGCCUUCAGAAAAAUCACCUUUCUUUUGGCAUCGCUCCUUCCUCUGAUUGCGCCGGACGGCAAGAAGUUCGAGCUCGUCGAUCGCGAGGCGGCCGCGCCCAACAGAUCGACACGACGGCAGUUCGAACUCCUUGAGUGUCUUUCGACGCUUUCGCCUGGCGUCGUUGCCUUGUCCCCUUCGGCGAAUGUUUCGAAGAAGGAGAAGGGAGACAGCGAAGACCAUACUGAACCAUGGUUGAUAUUCGCAUCAAUCAACUCCGACAAGAAAUCCAUGAAGUAUGUAGACCAAUACGGAAGACCCGGCAACGACGGUCCCCGUGUCUCUGCACACCUUGACAAGGUCCCGCCUUCCAAGGAUUUGUUGAACGACUUGGCAACCCUGGGAGCCGGUCAUAUGUUCUUUAAGCAGUCGAUGGACAAGUCGAGAGACGCCAUUUCGAGCCGCUUUGAGAACUUGCAGAAUCUUCUGGAAAUACUCCGAACCUUCUACGCAGCAAGACUUGACGGAAAUACCCCCGGCACUUUCAACCUCGAUUUCCAAGGCUGGGCAGACAUAUUCACCGAGUACAGUUACGUCAACCAGGGCCUCAAGAUUUCCGAGCGCGUUCAAGAGAUGCUAGUGAGACGAAACUUCGGCACAAUACUUACCAGCUCACUUCAUCAAUUGGAGGCCAAAGAAAUGCAGAGACACGGCUUCAUCGAGUCCCAUCAAGCAAAGGAGUCUCUUUCCAACCGCCCAUUCUGCAAGGGCGGACCCGAUUCUCCGAACGCCAGCCUUCCAGACAACUGCCGCAAAAACCAGACCAAGCGUCAGGCGGAUGCUCUUGAGGCCAUCUAUGGCCAGAUCGCAAUCUGGAUCAAGGAUGGGGUUGAAAUUGACUCAUCCAACAUGUCCAGAGAUUGGAACUCCAGUUGUCUGAACUCCCACGACAAGAAGGAUGUCAUAUUCUACAGCAAAAACGGAAGACUCGAGUUCCACAGUCUACUGUCCAGCAUACUCAAGGCAAUCCAACGCUACGAUGGCAACGUAUCUAAGGCGAGAGUUGACGCUUUCACCUCAGCCGCAAGCAGCUCAGAGGGCGAGCGGCCAAAGUUGACUUUCAGUUUGAUGGACCAAACUCGCGCUCUGAUGCAGUCAUUUCUGUGUCUAUCAUACCUCCGUACCAACUUUGGUGGGCUGCUGGAGAGCCAUUACAAAUGGCUUUAUGACAUCUUCGAACCGGAGUCCACUCAUCAGCCUGGUGAGGCAUGGAAGGAUGAGAGACCGAACGACUUAAGGUGGACAAGACGGCGCGAGGCAUCUCUGAGCGAAUCUGGCACCGGCAGCGUGUCCCUGAUGCAGCAUGCGGCACGACAUUCUGCAGGCUCUGCCAGCAAUCAAGGCAGCAGCUUCGAUAUGUCGAGUGUUCGAAGCUCACUCCCACCCCCCACCGAAGACGACAACCCAAAGGACGACGACCCAAGCUACAAGGCACUUGACAAGAAAAUCUGGCACGUAGCGGCGUCGGAGUCCCUGGGCUGCUUGAAUCGACAUCAAGAGUCUGUCGAUUCUCUACUCGAAGCGGAGAAAACGCAAGCGGAGCGUUUCAUGACCGCGGAGAUACAGCCAGUGAUUGUGACACCCGACAUGAAGGAUGAGAGAAUGAUGCCCACUCUUGACGUCUUGAGGCAUCAUGCACAGCUCGAGUCCAAUAUAACGUGGGCGCUCUCUGAUACGAUUUCAUCUUCGACAGGAAAGCAAACAUCGGAACCGACUCCCGACAAGGUCGACGCGGUGAACCAAAUAAUGGAAUCCGUACGCCUCAACCCUGCCCGCACCCAGGGGCCAGACUCUCCCGACGCAACAGUCUAUCAGGGGCUGACAACUCACGCCUCGCUGUCUGAUUUGCCGCCGGAGCUUGUCCUGCACAUUGUGGAAGAACUUUUUCAAUCCCAUCAGGAUGAUAAUUGGCUCAACGGAUAUUUGACACCGGAGUGGGCUGAGGACAUCGACAUCGAUUUCCGUUUCACCAGAUUCCAAGUGUGUAGGGUCGUUGCGAACCUGGCCGCUACUUGCAAAGGGCUCUCGGCACUGCUCCGUUCUGCUAAGAAUGGAAACGUGUCCGCCAUCGCGAAAUCCCUGAUGUAUGGCGCCGAUGUCAACGCAACGGACGAGACAGCCGUGCUGGAGCGGUCGGAGGGAGCCUCGCUUACCACGCACACCGGGAUACAGCUCAACGCGCUGCACCAGGCAUGUGCCAGCCGAGACCACGAGAUGGCACAGCUACUGCUGGAAGGAGAAAACAAGCCGGACGUCAACGUCAGAGACCUCCUCGGGAACACGCCACUACAUCACGUCGCGAUUUGCACUUCAUACUACGCGGCAAAAGAUCCCCAGCCGAUCCUCCAAUUGCUACUGAAGCACGGCGCGGAUUUCAACGCAACGAACGCGUCUGGUUUGACGCCGCUGCAGGAAUAUUGUCGCUCUCGGGGCAAGUAUCCAGGCGAGUCGUUCGUGGCUCGUCGGGACGUCUACCCGGUCGUCAUUCGCAAGUUUGUUGAAGCAGGGGCGAGCCUGUCACCGUUUCCAAACAUCACUAACGACGUGUUACCUCUGCAAGGAAACCAAAGAGACUCAGAAUGGGUGGCCGCUAUUGCGGACCGAUUAUCUCGUGUCGCGCACGAUCCUUCGCUGUCCGUGUCAGAAGAUGACUUUCAGGACGCGGAAAAGAGGGCGAUAUACAUGGGCAUGUACCAAAGAUUACACCAGCACCACCAAGACGGUCAAGCUGGGUUGGAAAUAGAUCGCGGCAUUGCUGAUUGGACAUUGGAGCAAUGGGGAGUGUUUUGGGAUGCAAAGUUUUUGGAAAAGACGACACUGGCCUCACUCAGCAAGGAAGGUCGAGAAUGGGCUGAGAUCAAUACUGCUGUUGGGUAG